CUCAAGAGCGAACACAAAGAAAAGGGAAGCUCCCUCUCAAGCUCUGACUCUGAAGCUGAGAUCCGAAGUUUCAGUGGUCUUCCGGACCUUCGGUGAGAGGGACGUCAAGGGAGACGACUGUGGAGAGAGAGGAAUGGCGGGUUCUUCAACCGCCACCACCAUAGCUUGUGGGGACGAAGGAGGGGAGGAGGAGGAGAAGGCGGCGUCGGGAUCGCUGUGCUUGGAGAUGCUGCCGCAGGUGCUGCUGCAGAGCGUGAUGGCCAGGCUCGACGUUUCCUCCCUAUGCUCCGCUGCUUCCGCCUGCAAGGCCUUCCAUGCCUCCGCCUCACAGGCCCUCUCCUUCAUCCCUUCCUUCCACCUUCUGGAAAUCGCCCCGAAGCCAGAGAUGGUCCGUAGGCUGCUGCCGGCGAACCCGUGCAUGAGGAGCCUGAAGCUCGACUGUGCUCGGCUCGACGAUUCUUCCAUCGCCCAUCUGACGAAGCCUUCCCUGCAGGAGCUGUGCCUCCAGAACUGCGAUAUGUUCAGUUCGAGGCUUCUCUCCGAGGUUGGAAGGAAUUGCAGAGAUCUGAGGUCAUUGUCUUUGGGGCUUCUUGCUGAAGGGCUCGAUUCUCUCAUCCAUUGCUCAGAUCUUGAGCAGCUGCUGCGCGGCUGCUCUAAGUUGGAGUCAUUGAGUUUGCUCCUUAGUAUGUCAACAUUUGUUGGACACAACUUCUCACAAGUCUGGGCAUUGGCAUCAGAGAAACUAGUCGUUCUGGAGAUUGGCUUUAUUCUGUCGGGUAUGGUGAAAGAACUUCUAAGUAUGAAUUUGGAUAUUCAACGUCCACCAAAUAAUGCAAGGCCAGUUAUUUUCCCCAAUCUUCAAAAAUUAUGCCUUUCUGUAGAUAUCAUCACAGAUUCUUUGGUCAGUACAAUCUCCAGAGGUCUCGUGUCACUUUCUCAUCUGGACCUUCGUGAUGCACCCAUGAUAGAACCAAUUCUAAGCUUUGAUCUUACAAAUUUUGGCAUACAACAGAUAAAUCAAAAUGGAAAGCUGAAGCAUCUUUCACUUGUUCGAAGUCAGGAGUACCUACCUACCUACUUCAAACGAGUGAAUGACCUUGGGAUCCUCUUAAUGUCAGAAACCUGCUCAGGUUUAGAAAGUAUUCAUCUUGGAGGGUUCUGUCGAAUCACAGAUGCAGGCUUCAGGGCAAUCCUUCAUUCAUGCUCUAACUUGCAUAAGCUUAAGGUCUGGAAUGGAACUCAAUUGACUGAUUUGGUGUUUCAUGACAUAUCUGCAACGUCUCUUUCUCUAACAUCUGUCAGCUUGAGAUCGUGUAAGUUACUGACUGACCUUUCUAUCACACGGUUGUCCUCAAACAAGGAUCUUGGAAUUUUAGAUUUGAGAGGUUGUCGUGAGAUUGGAGAUGAUGCAUUAAAGGCUGUAAGUUGUCUUUCAAAGUUGAAGAGCUUGCAGCUAGAUGGGUCCUAUAUUAGUGAUACUGGCUUAUCUUAUAUUGGUCAUGGUGCCGCUUCUUUGGUCUCAUUGUCUGUACGAGGUUGUACUAGACUGACAGACAAGUGUGUAUCUUCUAUAUUUUCGGGUUCCCUGAGACGUUCCUUACAGGUUCUUGACCUCUCUCUCUUACCCAGUCUAUCAGAUGAAGGAAUUCUAAUGUUGGUAAAAUGUGGAGUUUUGCUUGCUGAACUGCGUCUGCGCGAGUGUCCCCAUAUAGGGGAUACUUCUGUCAUGGCCCUGGCUUCGAUGCAGGUAGAAGGUGGGAGGCAUGGCAGUUCAUUGCGUUUGCUGGAUCUUUACAAUUGUGGUCACAUUACUAAACUAGCCCUUCGUUGGUUUUGGAAGCCUUACUUUCCCAGGUUGCGUUGGCUGGGAGUUAUGGGAAGUGUUAACAGAGAUAUGGUUGAGGCUCUGGCUAGAAGCCGCCCCUUCUUGAAUGUGGCAUGCCAUGGAGAGGAACUAGGAUCCCGUUGUUGGGAUUCAUUCAGCAACCUAUGUGGGAGUGAGUAUGAGGAGAUCGAUGAACUAGAACAAUGGCUGAUAGAAGGAGAGGACUGGGAAGAAGAAGAAGAGAUGGAAGAUGAAUUGGUCUGACCAUCAAAUUGUAGCCGAAUUGGUUGCUAAAUUGUUUUGACCGUGUAACUUAGUGUGUAUAUCCACGACUGGUGGAUUCUGUUAGGGAAGUAUUGAAGAGGUUGUGGUGUUUGGAGGAUUGAUUCAUGAUGAUCUCAUGCUCAUAUUUCUAAGUGGUUGUGCUGUUGGGUUCUGACAUCUGUUGGAGCUUCAGUUCAUUCAUGGUAGAGUUCGCAUGGCCUGAAAUGCAAACUGCAGGCUUCUUGCUCCAUGAACAUCUUCAGCGGGUCAGAGUUCUGAUGGGUGCUGAUUCACAGCCAAACUUGGCUUUUAGCAGAAGAAUGCUGAAGCCAAACGAAGUUGUUGGGAUGCUGAUGGUUUAUUAAGUUCUUGUAUCCUAAUGUGUUUUGACAUCCUUCUCGGGAAUUUAUAAUGUUUAUUCAUUUAAUCACAGAACGUGACACUUUAGUUGUAUGCUUCAGUCAACUUCUUGUUCUUCAUAGAAAAAUCUGUAUUCUCGUACUUUUGAUGUUAUCUGAGAUGAAAACUAAUUAGGCCUCGGUC